AACAAGAAAAGAACUGGAAAACAUGAAAGAAUAUAAAGUACUAAAUCGCUUAUUGUUACUGUAUUGAUACGAUCUUUUGUUCUUUUCUUUUCUGUUUAGGAUAUUCAAGAGCAUCAGAACAACGAAUUGAAACGUUUACAAGAUGAAAUAACUCGCCUUCGUAGUGAACAUGUACGAGAAAUAGCUCGUAUGAAAGGAACAUUUCAGAAUGAAAUACAGAAACAACGGACAGAAGAAGAUGCUAAAGUGGAAGAAAUUCGACGAGCCGCUGAACAUGAAGCUGAUCAAUUUCUGUAUGAUCGAACGUUGAGUAUUCAAGAUGAAAAUGUUGAUUUGAGGCGAGAAUUACAAUCAUUAAUUAAACGAGCUGAUGCAUUACAAGAAUCAAAAACACGUUUGGAGGAAGAACAAAUGCAUUUAAUUCGAAAUUUAAAAAUUGCUGCUGAUUUAAAACGAAUUCGAUUAAACAAAACAAAAUAUCCAAAUGAAAAUUCAAGUAGAUCCAAUAUGAGUGAGACAUAG